CUGGAAUUCGAUGUCGUUACCCACCAGAUACUCAACAGGAGGCUACUUACGGCACGGCCUCUCCCUGACACUCUGCGCAUUCCCAGGCUCCUAUCGUCGGACCAAUCAUUAGAUUCGAUGAAAGCAAUGGUAACCCCAGAGCCCCUUGUCCAAAGCAUACGCGAACUGUGGGAAGAUGAACGCAACAGGCGAUUGAAGCUCGGAUUGGACCCUUCACCUCCGCCUCCCUCAGAUGAUGUUGAGCAUCGCGAGGGAGGUUCUGGCUGGAGAGGAAAGGUCCGCGAUUUCGAAGAUUUGCAACGCCGCAUGGAGGACGAGAGGGCUAGUUGGCAUGAACGUGUUGCAGAGCCAUGGGAGGCACUCACCUGGAGCACUUUUGAAAGCGUUGAGAUGCUCUGGGAUCCGAAAUACAGGACGCUGAGGCCCCCAAUGGCGUCAUCUGAAGCGAGUCAAGAAUCUCCUGCCGAAGCUCUGGGAUCCCAGAGUACUUCCCAGAAUCCCUUUGAGUCACCGCCGGAUUUCUUGGAAAGCGAUGGUGAAGAAGAGCAGCCUGUAGAACAAGUGGACAAAGAGUUUCUUGGAACACAAUCUUUCCAAGCAGAAUUAAACAAAGAGCAAACAUUCGCAACAAACGAUGAACUUGAGCAACAAACUGAGCAGACCCCCGCUGAGGCAAUCCCGCUGGGCGAGGAAUUUAACGAGGAUGGUACGCCAGACACCACACCGUCGAAACCUAUCACAAGUAGCGCCCUGUGGGAUUCAGCACCGUCUACGCCGAUCAAAGCGCCCGACUUCUCUAAGGAAGAAGUACCUUCAGGCGGCGAGGUGUUGCAACGACACGCGUCCUCGCCAACUGCGGCUCAAAACACAUUUGGCGGUCCACCAAAGGUCCCAACAAAAGUGGAUACAUCCAAGAACCAAUUGUCCCAAUCUUCGAUGAUCCGCUCUGGGGCCCUUUUGUCUGAGAGAAAUUAUGUUCCGACCAAAUUGGAGCAUUCCUCAAGUCUUGGUCCUCUGUCGCAACCGUCCUCUUCUGGACCAAGUUUGUCGCAGCACAUCUCUGUUGGCAGUGGUGAUCGCUCUAUAAAGCGCAGACGAGUAGGCAAUCUCGUAUCAUGGAGCGAAAGUCCUAGAGGAGCCUCGUCUCCGUCAAAUUCAUCAUUUCCUCCACCAAGUUUAGCUGAAGAUGCCUUCAUUUACGGUGUGCCGGCUCCCACCAUUGAAGAACUCCUUUCAACAAGGGGUUCCUUUGGUCUUCCGAGUGCCAUCCACGGGGACCCUUUCUAUUCCAGUCCUGCAGAUCGACCCACACGCGCUAUGGAAGUAGCAGGACGGUCUUUCUUGAUAAGCGGGAACGGGCUUACCUCCUUGCUGGGAUGGGAAGAUGAUGAGAUAGCCCCGGGGAGCGGUUUGGUCGACAGUGUCAUAGGUCAACACACUUCUUGCGUGCUUGAAGAUUUGGGUGCGGGUAAUGUGGGAUGGGAGUAUGCAGGCCAACCUCCUCCUCCUAGCGAAGUUCGCAACUGGAUAAGAAAAUACCCCAAAUCUGUCCAUACACCAUUGUUGCCUCGUGUUCCGAACAGAUCGCAGAUUUUCAGACCGACUCCAAUUACUCAGGCACCUCAACUGAAAUCACACAUUCCACAUGGCGCCAAACGUCAGAAUCAGAGCAUGUCCGUCAUGGCAUUGGAAAUAUUUGCAUGUUCAUCAGGAAACAAGCUUCCUGACCCGGUUACUGAUCCGAUUCUGGCCGUUUUCUACUGCUACCAGUCGACAAUUGACCCUGAUGAUCGUCGAGCAUCUUAUAUUCGCGGUAUAAUAGCUGUUCGAAGCGCCACGGUGACAGAAAGACGUCUUGGGCUUUUUGGAAUCCACAUCGUUGACGACGAGUUGAGCUUAAUCAACGCUCUAGAGGAUACUGUGCAUGAACUUGAUCCAGACGUGUUAACUGGAUGGGAACUUCAGAAUAGCUCAUGGGGUUAUAUCUCCGAACGCGUUAGGCAUGAAUUCUCUGUGAGCCUUUCUAGUAUGGUAUCAAGGGUCAUAGAGUCUGAGGGCCGAGGCCACGGUGCAUCUUCUGAUUGGUCCAAAACUCACGAUACGAUGUUCAAAACUACGGGCAGACACGUGUUAAACAUUUGGUCCCUUUUCCGAUCCGAACAAACAUUCACAUCUUAUACUUUCGAGAACAACGUGUUCCAAAUCCUACAACGACGGACGCCGCGAUAUUCCAGUGGUACACUUGGAGCAUGGUACCACAGUGAUAUCCCCGCCCGUACGGCUCGAGUAUUCGAAUACUUUUACGAGAGAACGGCUGUGGUCAUAGAUAUGAUCGACGAAAUGGAUGUGAUAACUAAAAAUUCAGAAUUCGCGCGGAUCUUUGGUGUAGAUUUCCUCUCAGUCCUGACGCGUGGAUCGCAGUUCAAGGUGGAAGCCUUUAUGUUUCGGCUUGCAAAGCCGGAAAAUUUUGUGUUGAUUUCUCCAAGUCGAGAAGACGUGGGUCGUCAGAAUGCCGCUGAGUGUAUCCCAAUGAUUAUGGAACCUUCAUCCGCAUUCUACAAAAGCCCUCUCCUCGUACUUGAUUUCCAAUCCCUCUAUCCUUCGGUUAUGAUCGCUUAUAACUAUUGCUAUUCUACUUGUCUGGGACGCAUCCGACUAUUUAAAGGCAAAAACCAAUUGGGUAUCACAGAAUUGAACCUUCCGGAAGGGCUCAUUGAGUACCUAAAGGACUACAUUCACAUCGCAGCAAACGGUUUAAUAUAUGUCAAGCCCUCCGUACGCAAAAGCCUGCUGGCCAAAAUGCUGGAAGAGCUUCUGGAUACACGGGUGAUGGUAAAGCAAGCUAUGAAGCGUGCCAAAGGAGACAAGGCAUUAUCGUGUAUCCUGAUGAAAAUCCUUGAUGCGAGACAGUUGAGCCUCAAAUACAUAGCAAACGUCACCUAUGGAUAUACUAGUGCCAGCUUCUCUGGACGGAUGCCCUGCGUAGAAAUUGCCGAUAGCAUAGUGGAAUCUGGGCGACAGACGUUAGAGAAGGCUAUCGAUCUCAUUGAUGGGACCCCUGCAUGGGGAGGUCGAGUCGUUUAUGGUGACACAGAUUCCCUCUUUGUCUCAUUACCCGGAAAAACGAAAGCAGAAGCAUUCCGGAUUGGCCAGGAUAUCGUGAACAAGGUUACGGCAUUAAAUCCAUGCCCUAUCAAACUUAAAUUCGAGAAGGUGUAUUUUCCAUGUGUACUGAUGGCAAAGAAGCGUUACGUGGGGUUCAAGUACGAAAGCCCUGAUGACGUUGAGCCCGUCUUUGACGCAAAGGGGAUUGAGACCGUGCGGCGUGAUGGAGUGCCUGCUCAAGCGAGGAUGCUCGAGACCUGUCUGAAGAUCCUAUUUCGAACACAAGAUCUUAGUCAAGUCAAAGAAUACUGCAUUCAGAUGUGGACUCGUCUGCUCGCAGGAAAAGUUUCUAUACAAGACUUUGCCUUCUCGAAAGCAGUCAGAUUAGGAACGUACAGCGAAUCCGCACCUCCAGUUCCUGGUGCAGUUGUGGCAGCGUUGCAAGUCAAGAAAGAUUCAAGAAACGAGCUUUACGGGGAUCGUGUGCCUUAUGUUAUUACCAGAGGCAGUCCAAAGACCCGACUUGCGGAUCGUGCGCACAGUCUAGAUGAAGUAAUUUGGCAUGAGCGUGAUGGGAAAGAGCCACUCUACCUUGAUGCGGUGUACUACAUCGAGAGAACUAUGCCUAAGGUCGUUCGCGCAGAAAGCGCUGAGGGCCCUGUGGAGAUCAUUAGGUCUCCCAGUAAAGGGGCUAAAUUUAAAAUUGAUUCUCAUUUUCGCAAGCUCAGCUGUGUCUCGUGUGGCAAACUGUCCGAUGCUGACGAGUUGUGCUCUUCAUGUAGAGCGAAUAAAAAGGAGGUUUUGCUGUCGUUGACCACAAGGCUGCGGGACGCAGAGUACAAGCUUUCGUCGGCACUCACCAUAUGCGGGUCUUGUAGUGGUAUCCCUCCGAUUGAAGGGAACCAAUGCGAAUCUUAUGACUGUCCUUGGUUCUUCGAGAGGCACCGUGCCGAAGAUGACGCUGAAAAAAUGGCGGGGAUCUGGGAUGCGGUGAUGCGCCUCCAACUGAGUUGAGCAACGGAUUAUUGUGGAAGUUGACUGAUGUGACACCAGUCCCUUGAAAGCCAUCCAUGGAAGCUGAGAGCUUCUGACAGUUCAUGUGUGCCACAUCCGUUACCAGUGUGUGUCAUGGUUCUUACAUAAAAUAACCAUCAUGCAAUUAUGCACGCAGUAGGGGCUUCAUGUUCAUUAUGUAAUGAAUUUUGUAGAGACAGAAAGCCCUAGCUGGUCUCUUGGUUUUUGUGCGCGACACGUGUCAUGGAUCUCACCAAAAUCACAAAAUCAAC